AUGACGAGCGAGCAUCAACCCCCUAAAUCUGUCUGGAAAAAGUGCGAAUCGGCUCCAGUUGUUAUCAUCUCGGACCCGCUCACGGUCCUACCUCCGGAAAUCGUGCUCCGCAUCCUCGACUUCACACCCGUCUCAGCAUUAGCAUCGCUUACCGCCGUAUCACCGGCCUGGCACCAGUUUAUCGACAAGACACAUCAAGAAGCUAUUUACUCUUCUCCAACUAAGACUUCUCAACCGCAUAAGACCUAUGAGCCACCUGGCCGCGCGCGCGACUUCUCGUUCGUUGAAGACUACACCAGCUUCUCCAAGUUCUUCGACAACCUCACAUCAUGGAAAGAUCUCUGCAGACGGCAAACGCUGCUUGCGCGCAACUGGGCUUUGUCGCAACCUAUCACACGCGAGUCUAUUCUGCAGGUUAACAAUCAUGCGAUAUGGCGGUUCAAAGCAGAUUUCAAGCGCCGCCUUUUUAUCUCGACCUCUCAUGCCGGCGGACUGAAUGUGACUGAUAUGGAUACCGGUCGCAUUUUGUGGCAGCUGCCUUCAAUUCUAGACUCGGAUACUGCAGAUUCUGUUAGACCGUAUGCACAUCUUGAAUACCAAGAUGGGAUGGCGGUGUUUGAUCGCGAAGGGGAUGCGGUGGAAGUUUGGCAGACAGAUCAAGAAGGUACGGCAAGAGGGGAGUUUCGACGCGUCGUUGUUCUAGAUCACGAUUGCCAAACAAGAGGGUUCCAGCUCUCCUACUGGACAUUAGUUGUGGUCUCAGUAGAGGGCCAGGGCUUCGUUUACGACAUGAAGCAGAGCCCACCAAAGCUGACUACACACUUGGAAAUCGAGCAAGACGCUGUGGGUCAUCUGGAUCAGAACGAGGAUGUGGUGGUGUACUCCAUGGGAACAUGUGGUUAUCAUGUGUAUGACAAGAAGUCUGGACAGGCUUUGGGUACGCUACAACCAUCGCAAUGCACGGAAAAAUUCCAUGUUGAACCCCUACCACCUACCGACGCACCUACUUCCAACGCGGCAUUGGCUGCUUUGCGUUAUGGCCGACCAACAAAACGCAUCUUUCCGCCUUCAUCACCGCGUAAAAGCCGCCUGACGCCUAUUCGUCUCGGCAAAGGUCCUCUUCCCAAAACCCCCGACGAUGCAAACAAUGCGGACAACGAUGAAGAUGAAUGGGGCGCCGGUAUGCUAGACCGCGACAGCAACCUCUUUGUAGGCUUCUCGCGUCUCGGCCGCGUUUUCGUGUGCUCAAACCUCCGUAAAGCACUGGAAGACGGGUCCAAGAACUUAGCAAGUCUUAGUCAAAUCCUGGAGUGCGAGUCUGAUGGUUCGAGUUUCGACCUGGGUGGUUGGCUAUCUGUUCGAAAUCAUCGAAUCAUGUUUGAGAUCCAGAACAGGGUGUAUGUCGUUGCGCUCGACAGUAAAAACCUUAUCAGCAUCGAAGAACAAGAUGCUGGGUUGGUAUCCUCAUACGCAUUCCUCACGAGUUCGGCGCCGCAGCUCGCGGUACCUGUCAGUUUUAUGGCACUUUUCGACGACGCUAUUAUGACGACUUAUGCUACGCUCGGUCAACGGCAAGAAGAAGGAGCGGAUGGACGCAUCCGUAUCUUUCCAACAAAAGCAAUUCGCAUCAUCAGCCUCGCGCCUAGCCUCGAAGUUGGAGAUGAUGCAACUAGGGAGGUGGAGAACCCAGCACUUGCAGACUUAUCACAGCAUAUGGAUAGACCUCAAGAUGAGUUACUGCGACUACUGUUGAUGUUCGACGAUGAUCCGAGCGACGAGGACGACAUCACCGGUCUAGAGGAUGAAUGGGUUGAUGAGGAUUAG